CUGACCUCUGAACACAUCGUAUAUUGUGGUGACCGGACCAAUGCUGCGUCAGGUACAUAGUGAAACUAUCAAAAAUUGGCUUGUAUGGAACUAGAAUGGAGUUUGUAACUGAAGUGUCCGAGUUUGUGCGAUUGAAGAAGGAGCCUGCUGAGCCAGAAGCGGAGCCCGAGCGGCGGCCGCCCGGCGCGGCGCGAGCAGUGCACAUCAAAGAAGAACCACAGAAUGAACAUCAGUCAGACAGUGACGAAAAGGAAGAUUGUUUGCAACACACAACGAGUGAAUACGAAAUAAAGAAGGAUCCCUCAUGCUUUGAAAAUAUUGUGAGCGAUGUGAUAGAUGGCUUGUGUGACGGUAGAGUGAAGGAUGAGGUUUUGCAGCCGGAGUCCGUGCCACAGAUCCCACAGACAGCCUCCUGCUCGGACAGGGAGUGUGUGAGCGAAGCAGCCAUGCUGGCCGGCCUGUACACGGACCAUGAUGUUAAAGAUGAGCUUGUGCUGGGUGCGGAGUGCCCAUAUCGGCCUGAUGUCACUCUGGUAGUUCAUGGUCGCAUUGGCCGUACGCUUCGAGAUUGCUCUGUGACACUUGAACGCAUCCCACACAUCGAUGUGCUCGCUAAGCGACAAGGCACAACUAGUAGUGACACUGAGUCCGAUACUGAUAAAUUUCCAUUUAGAGAUGAAUUUUACACUGAAGAGAGAGAACCAUUAUGUGAUCUCUGUGGUCAAAGAUUCAGUGUAAUGUCGGAUUUAGUGAAACAUGUCAUGGAUCAUGUACACAGACCGAGCGCGGAGCAGGAAGGCGGAGGGCAAAGCAAUGCAAUUGCUGGUCAGUGCCAGCAAGAGCAGGAGCGGGCUUUGUGCCGAAAAUACGCGAUCCAGGACUGCCGCGUGCGCCUCGAACGGCUCCGACACCAAGAGGCUCUUGCCGCCAACGACACGCAACACACGGAUACGGAAAUUGAUGCGGAGGAUAUACACACUAGAGUUGACAAUGGGAAACCUACUUGUGAGUGA